AAAGCUCAUGAACAUGAAUGAUACAGGGUAUGGUCUAAAGACCGUGGUUACUUUUCUUGAAGUUGUGCUUUGACUUUAGAGCAAAAAAAGGCUGCUACUUUUAUUUGGAUUCUAACGCUUGGGGAUUAUUUUGUCACGUUUGCAGAUUCGUCCGAGAAUAGAAGGAGUUAACCCUGAUUUUGUCAUUUCUGAUGGAAGCAACCAGAUCUGAGCAAAUGGGUUCGAAAUCUAGCAAACGGAGUUUAAACCCCGAGUCUCUUCAACAAUUAAGAAAUGAAGUAAACCUGUCGCCGGAAGAGAUCCAAGCAUGGUACAAAGAGUAUUUGACCAGUCUACGAGGAGGACAACAAGAAUUGACUAGAGAUGAAUUCAAAAAAGUUUACAAUUCGUUAUUUAUCGGAGACGCUUCAAAAUUUGCGGAACAUGUUUUCCGUACGUUUGAUAAAGAUGGAAGUGGCACGGUGAAUUUCAAGGAAUUUCUAAUUGGACUCUGCGUUUCCGGCAGUGAUACAAACAAUGAAGUAAAGCUUAAAUGGGCUUUUAACAUGUAUGAUAUAAAUGGAGAUGGGUUUAUAAAUAAGAGCGAAAUGAAAGAAAUAGUAGAGGCGAUCUACAAGAUGACCAACGCAAUGGCCCCCAAAGAACUGGAUACACCUGAAAAAAUGACAGAGAAAUUGUUCGAGGAAUUUGAUCUGAACAAGGAUGGACAUAUUACUUUUGAGGAGUUUAAGGAGGGAGCAUCAAAAGAUCCCGUUAUAAUUAACCUUCUCGAAUGUGACCCUGACCCCGACAGCUGAACUUUUUUUUUACAGAAGGUGCCAAAAUGGAUAUAUUGCUUAUACUUUGUAUGUAAUAAAAAUAUAUCUUUUACCUCUUUGACAACAUUUUGAGACGUAUUUAUUCGUAUUUAGUGUGUUUCUUUAAGUAAUGGAAUGUGAAAAUAUGAGAUAUUUAACUUUUAUAACAUUGAAUUGAUAAUAGAAAUGUCACUUGAAUCAUACAGUUUCAUAAAUCAUUUCCGAAGUAUUAUAGGUAUAGAGAUUCUCGCCAUUUUGUGUAAAAAAUACACAGCAAAUAAUGGCAUUUUCAUCUCAAGUUCAUCCAUAGGAACCCCUCCAUCCUGGUAUAUAAAUAGUUCUUGAAAAUUUAAACUGGAUAGCUUUUUGAAGAUGAAACCCAUGCUUUGAUGGUGUCUUUUCCUUACAAAACGAUGUCUCUAGUACAUAGAAAAACGAUAAAUGUACUUCUUACUAAGCUUUUCUGAGUUUUCAUAAUUUCUUGUGACACUUUUUACUUACGUAAUUAAGAUAAAUUAUUUUACGUGUUGUAAAUAACUUUUGAAUUUCCUGAAAACUGGAUCCCCUUUUCUUACGCUAUUUCUACGUUCCCCUUUAUUUGAUAGUCACUCCCAUUGUACACUCUUAGUAGACAAGUACUAGAGCACAUGGUCUAGGUAUUGGAAGUCGUGGGUUCGUUCCGUGGCCGCGUAAUACCAAAGAAGUGAAAAACUCGCUUGGCACUCAGCAUUACGCAUAGACACCGUCGUUUAUAUGACUGAAAAAAAAAUAUUGAAAAAGACGCUAGACUUGAACAAGCAUGCCACUCCCACUGCCGUGGUUAAAGUAAAUGUUAAAAGAAUUUUCGGUAAAUUGUGCUUGGAUUUUUUUGUUCGUUUGUACCUAAAAUAGAGAAAUAAAUAUACAAAUGUAUUUUAAAACUUGUUGGAAUUAUCAAAGAUCAGUCAAACGUCCACUACUUAUCACUGAGUGAGUUAUUAUUUUAAUUUUUGUAUCUUCUGCUAUGUUCACAUAUGCAGCCACUUCCUAAGAACAAGUUGGAUGAGCGAGGCUAGAUCUAUUUUUAUCUUUUUUUAGAAAAUAAAAUUGUAACUUAUGGUGGCAUAUUUCUGCCACGAGAUAGCUAGGUUGCUAUCGAGAUACUUAAAAAUUGUCUCAGUAAAGUGAAGUUUUCUGAAAAGAUUAUUUCAGUAGUUGAAAUUUUCCUGGAAAUAUUAUUGUGAUAAUUUAUAUAAUAAUUUGAAUACGUUUUGCGUCAGUGCCCACAGUUGUCAUUUAACAUUCACAUACAUGUAUAGCUAUCUCACUAUUUUAAUAAGUUAUCUUAAUAUUUCGAACUUUCCUGAGAGGUUUAUCUCAGUAGCCUAGAUUUUCCUGGAAAAAAAAGCAUAUCUAGAAAAAAUAAUUUAUUGCGAUAAUGUUUUAAGAAAAUUUCUCAACUUUGCUGGAAAAUUUAGAAUAUUAUCUUGACAGCAAAGCAUCUCGUGGCAGGUUCAAAAUUAACGCGAAAUUUUGCACCAAUUUUUGUUUUCAGAAAAUAAAUAAAAUAUAGAAUAUUAUUUAUUGCUGUAACGUUUUCAGACAAAAUGCACACAAUUCCUGGAAUUGUGAUACAUUAAGCUACAUGGCUAUCUCGAGGCAGAAACAUGCCACAAUAUAGUACCUUAUAACUCAUGAAGGGAAGUCUCUAGAAACUCUGUAAUUCAGACAUAUCUUAUUACUAUUACACCAAAUACAUCAUGUAGUAAACAACA